AACCUUAAUCCGAAAUAUUUCCCGCCAGUUUUAUUGUAAAUUGUGCGUGUUCCAUAAUUUGUUUAUUUAUUUAGAGAAAACAUUAUAAAUAUGUCGGAUGUACCGGAAGAAUCUCCUCUACCAACUCCUCGUUCGAAUGUAUCUUCUCCUGCGCCAAACAUGGCCCCAUUUGAAGACGAAGGGGAAUUAAUUGGAGACAUCGAUCCAGAUGUUGAAGAGGAAGAUGGAGAGGAGUUAUUUGGUGAUAACAUGGAAAACGAUUACCGCCCUAUGCCUCAUUUAGAUCGAUACGAUGAGCGUAUAUUAGAUGAAGAAGACUACGAUCAAAUGUCAGUAGGAGAACGUCUUGCUGCAGAAGAAGAAUUAAGAAGAAGGGACAGAGAAUUGGGAAUAAUAAGAAGGGACGAUAGAGAACUUUUUUAUGAUGAAGGAGAUGAUGAAGAUGACCCGCGGCAAAGGAGGCGCAAGGAAGCGGAAAAAGCAGCAGCCGGGGAGGAAGCCGAUACGGAAAUGAUUGAAUCUAUUGAAAAUUUGGAGGAUACCAAGGGGUAUUCGAUCAAAGAUUGGGUUGUUAUGAUUGGUCCCAAAACUGAAAUUGCAAAUAGAUUUAAAAAUUUCCUAAGGACUUAUACGAAUAGUAAAGGGCAGUAUGUUUAUAAAGAGAAAAUAAGGAGAAUGUGUGAAAAUAAUCAGUCAAGUUUCAACGUGGAUUUCCCAAGUCUGGCACACAGAGAACACGUUCUGGCAUAUUUUUUACCGGAGGCACCAUUCCAAAUGCUGGAAACUUUCGAUGACGUCGCAAAAGACAUCGUACUUUCUAUGUACCCCAGUUACGACAGAGUGACGAAUGAAAUUCACGUGAGAAUCUCGGAUUUACCACUCAUCGAAGAACUUCGUACCUUCAGGAAACUCCACGUGAAUCAACUGGUAAGGACGUUAGGGGUGGUAACGGCUACCACAGGAGUACUACCCCAACUGUCAGUAGUUAAAUUCGAUUGCGCGAAAUGCGGGUUCAUCUUGGGCCCUUUCACUCAAACUCAGGAAACAGAAGUUCAACCGAACGCCUGUCCACAAUGUCAAAGUCACGGUCCUUUCAUGAUCAACAUGGAACAAACUUUGUACCGCAACUAUCAAAAAGUGACGCUCCAAGAAUCGCCGGGACGUAUACCGGCCGGGAGAGUCCCCAGGUCUAAGGACUGCAUCCUCCUCGCCGAUCUUUGCGAUCGCUGCAAACCCGGAGAUGAAGUCGAUAUCACUGGGAUCUACACCAACAGCUACGAUGGUUCCCUUAAUACAGAUAACGGUUUUCCGGUGUUUUCGACGGUGAUUUUCGCGAAUCAUUUGUUGGUGAAAGAUUGCAAGCAGAUCGUGCAGUCGUUAACCGAUGAUGACAUUAAUUCAAUUAUCAAGAUGAGUAAGGAUCACAGGAUAGCGGAAAGGAUUGUAUCUUCCAUAGCACCGUCGAUAUAUGGACAUGAUUAUAUCAAGAGGGCUCUGGCGUUGGCUUUAUUCGGAGGAGAACCUAAAAACCCAGGUCAGAAGCACAAAGUUCGCGGAGACAUAAACGUACUUAUUUGCGGAGAUCCGGGUACCGCAAAAUCCCAAUUCUUAAAAUUCGUCGAAAAAAUCGCUCCAAGGGCGGUAUUCACAACGGGCCAGGGCGCCAGUGCCGUAGGUCUAACAGCUUACGUCCGAAGAAACGCCUCCACUAAAGAAUGGACCUUAGAAGCCGGCGCUUUAGUUCUAGCCGAUCAGGGCGUUUGCUUAAUCGACGAAUUUGAUAAAAUGAACGAUCAAGAUCGUACCUCGAUCCACGAAGCUAUGGAACAACAAUCUAUAUCUGUCUCGAAAGCGGGUAUAGUGACCAGUCUUCAAGCUAGAUGUUCCGUUAUAGCUGCCGCCAAUCCCAUCGGCGGUCGUUACGAUGCCAGUAUGACUUUUGCCCAAAACGUGAAUCUUUCAGAUCCAAUUCUCUCCCGUUUCGAUAUACUGUGCGUUGUUAGAGACGAAGUGGAUCCCAUACAAGAUCAACAUUUAGCCAAGUUCGUCGUCGGUUCCCAUAUACGUCACCACCCUUCCAAAAAAGACCAAGAUAAAGUGUACGAAGAACCAGAAAACGAAAUGCAAAUACCACAGGAGAUGUUGAAGAAAUACAUAGUUUACGCAAGGGAAAACAUACACCCCAAAUUACAAAACAUCGAUCAAGACAAAAUCGCUAACAUUUACUGUCAACUCAGACAAGAAUCAUUGGCCACCGGUUCGUUGCCUAUAACGGUCCGCCACAUCGAAAGUAUCAUAAGAAUGAGCGAGGCUCACGCCAAAAUGCACCUCAGAGACUAUGUACACGAGGACGACGUCAACAUGGCCGUGAGAAUGAUGCUGGAAAGUUUCGUGGAAACUCAGAAGUACAGUGUCAUGAAAUCGAUGCGACAGACGUUCCAGAGGUACUUACUGUUCAAGAAAGAUCACAGCGAGUUGCUGUUUUAUAUUUUGAGACAGCUCACUCAAGAUCAGUUGACUUUCCAGAGGAAUACCACCGAUAUGGAAGCUCUAACCAUAGAAAUCGACGAAAAGGAUCUCAUUGAUAAGGCAAAACAAAUUGAUAUACACGAUCUGAAACCGUUUUAUCAAAGUCAAAUAUUCGAAUCGAAUAAUUUCAUAUACGACGCCAAACGUAAAGUUAUCAUACACACUGUACCUGAAUCAAUAGGAACAGAAGAUUAAUUUCAAAUAUUUUAUUAACUCGUAUAUUAAUUCUUUCAUGUUUCCUAGAUUUAAGUGUUAAUUUUAGCUACCAUUUUUUAGCUGUAAAUAUAUUUUUUUAAUAAAAA